ACCUCCGCUCAGAGGCGAACCCUACCCUACCACGCCAGCGAUGGAGGUGGAGGCGGGCGGCCCGUGCUCGAAGAAGGGCGCGGCCCGGAAGCUACGGCGGGUCCGCCGCUGGACGCAGCGGAAGGUGGCGGGGCCGGCGACCGCAUCAGCGGCCUCCCCGACGGCGUCCUCGGGGACAUCGUCUGGAUCCUCCCCACCAGGGAAGGCGCGCGGACGCAGAUCCUCGCCUCCCAGUGGCGCCACCUCUGGCGCUCCGCCCCGCUCAACCUUGGCUACCAUCCCUUCCUGUUCGGCCAGGAGGGCCUUGAUGCCACCAUAUCGCGCCUUCUCGCCGCCCACCGGGGCCCCGGCCGCCGCUUCUGCGCGCCCGUCGACCGAGCCGACGCCUGGCUCAGAUCCCCCGCCCUCGACAACCUCCACGAGCUUGAGCUCUGCAGCUUCAAGUACAAGUACAGCUUACCAUAUCCACGGGGAAUACCGCAGCCGGCGCCGCUGCCUGAAGCUGCCUUCUGCUUCUCUGACACCCUCGGUGUUGCCACCAUCGGAGAGUGCCACAUCCCUGACAGCAUGGCCCAAGCGCUUUUCUUCCCUAAGCUUAACAGGCUCGGGCUUGAAAAUGUCACCAUAUCCGAAUCCUCACUACAAACCAUGAUUGAUGGUUGCCCCGCUCUAGAGUGCUUGCUGAUUCGCCGCGGCUCUGGCUUCCGUUGUGUCCGAAUCAACUCCAUCAGCCUUAGAGGCAUAGGUGUGGAAGCUUAUUGGGAAGACCUCAGAUUAGAGGAAGUCAUCAUCGAGAAUGCCCCUUGUCUUGAAAAGUUGCUCCUAUUUGGCUCAGCUGAAUCCCGGCAUAUAUCGGUAAUCUCCGCACCUAAAUUGCAGACCCUAGGCUGCCUAUCUUCCCAUUUAUCUGAUUUUAGUCAACAUGAUUUUAGUACCACACUCACGCUAUACUCGACAGUUAUUCAGGUGCCACUUUCCUUCUCGAUCAAUUUCUGCACUUAUGGUGAUGAAUUAUGUAAUUUCUGCACUUAUAGAUGGUUUAUAAUGUCAUCUUCCAUGCUUCAUGAAGGGAUUGCGUGUUCAUAGCUUGACGGAGACGGUGCGCACUGUCAAGAUUUUAUCUGUUCGUAUGAUUGCUCUUAGUUUGGAUGUUGUUAUUGACUUGAUG